AUGGAGCCAUCGUCUCCUAGAGCGACGGCAUAUGGCACAUCCUAUGAUGAACAGGAGAAAGCUCCAGGGCUGAUGGAUCUGGAGCUGAGCAAUUCGUUGUCUCCUAGAGCAACGACGGGCACAUCCUCUGAUGAUUCGAAGUAUGUGGAACAAAUGGAAAUUGUCGAUCAGGUGCCUGUCCGACAUCGCACCAUCCGCAAGUCAGCCAGAGGUGGCUAUGGUCAGGGGCGCGGAAGCACUGCCACUCUUCGGGGCACCACUAUCCCCAAGCGCGGGGCUCGAGGAGGCAGGAAGGGACCGCCACCAUCCUCAUCAGUCAGCGGCAGUCGAUCUCUACCAUCCUCUUUGAGCGGCGACCAUGGGCCUCCGUCAUGGUCCUCGACCGGUGGCCAUGGAGCAGCGCCAUCGUCCGCUGGCGGCAGCAAUGGAGGGAAGGUCUCAUCCGCGGGCGGCGGCCAAGGAGGUCCGCCAUCUUUCAUGGGAGGCGGCAACGGAGGGACGGCCUCAUUGGUGGGCAGCCGCAUCAAGGCCCCAGAUGCACCAUCGACCAAGAAGCGGCACCUCGAUUAG